GACUUCAUCCUCUCGGUCUUCGAAGCACAUUGUGCGCUAUGACUUAACCUCGCGUACAACAUUGAACGAAUGCUGUAAAAAUUGGGCUGAAAAGUAUGAGUUCUGGAAUAAUAACAUAUUUAUGUUGUCGAACACUGUUGUGAGACAUUCGUUGAGAAAACGGGCCUACCAUUUGUAUUUCUAUUCUUGGAACACUCAGAAGCUACUGAGUUGAAACAUUGUUUCCAGUAGACCAAGUCACGCUCCUGAUUAUUGGGUAGAGCUCUGCUUGUUCAGUGUGUGUGGGGAGCAGUGAGGAUGACUGAGUACAAGUUGGUGGUGGUGGGGGCUGGAGGUGUGGGGAAGAGUGCACUCACCAUCCAACUCAUCCAGAACCACUUUGUGGAUGAAUACGACCCCACCAUAGAGGACUCAUACAGGAAGCAGGUGGUGAUUGAUGGGGAGACGUGUCUGCUGGAUAUCCUGGACACUGCAGGUCAGGAGGAGUACAGCGCCAUGAGGGACCAAUACAUGAGGACAGGGGAGGGCUUCCUCUGUGUCUUCGCCAUCAACAACACAAAGUCCUUUGAGGACAUCCACCAGUACAGGGAACAGAUCAAGCGUGUGAAAGACUCUGACGACGUGCCCAUGGUCCUGGUGGGUAAUAAAUGUGACCUUCCAUCGCGUACCGUGGACACGCGGCAAGCACAGGAACUGGCCCGCAGCUACGGAAUUCCCUACAUCGAGACCUCUGCCAAGACACGACAGGGGGUAGAGGACGCCUUCUACACGCUAGUGAGAGAGAUCAGGCAGCACAAGCUGAGGAAGCUCAACCCUCCGGACGAGAGUGGACAGGACUGCAUGAGCUGCCGCUGUGUGGUGUCGUGAUGGAGGUUACCAGUUCGGGGUGAGGAGUGGACCUAGUGGCAGAAUGGACUUAAAGAAUGAUGGUGGAGGAUGAAACAACAACUAACUUUGAAACUGAAGUACAGUCUAAGAAAAGCAGACCAGGCUGACUGUACCAUAGACAUUUGGGAGAGGGGGGGAUCUUGCCCCUGCCAGGCCAGGCCAUACCAGGCUAGACUAGGCUGUCUGUCCCCUCUUUGAGUCCGUCUGCCAGAGCAACACCACUAAUGACUGUUUCUCACCAGUGUGAUCAUGCUGGGCAGCUCCAAUGAGUUCCUGCUAAGUUAUUGUUUUACAGUCUCAACACUGGUCUUAAAGGGAGGUGUCACCGAUCCAAUCCCUGGUGAGUCCCCUUCACCAACACUUCAAAACCCUGAUUAUUAUUAUUUUUUUUUACAUUUGACCCCCUGGAAAGACUGGACAGUAGUAGCCUAAAUCCCCAUCCCUAAUUUAACCUCCCCCAGCCUCCUUGUUCCUCUCUAGAGGGGCUCUGCAGUAACCUCAUUAUUACGGAUACAAGUAUGGGGAUGGAGCAUGACAAAAGACACGCCAGAUAGGAUUUCUUUUUUUUACGGUUAGUUUAGCUGUCAAACCUAACUUUUUUUUUUUUUAAAGAGACUUUUUUUGUGAUCGAAGGUUUUGAAGGUGAUCAUACUCGGCACUGUAAAGUAAGCCAGGAUGUUUAUUUUGUGUGAUGGGCUGUUGCUAUUUUAAGACCUGUCACCGUGAGGAAGUCCUUAAUUGGGGCCCUUACGUGGGCAUGGCUGUGGAUCAGACCGAUGGAUGAACUCAUUUUCCCAGAGUGCCAUUGCCUUCCCCCACAGAAGUCUGUGUUUGCACAUGUCAGUGUGCUAAAGAGUUCUCUUUGUGGAGUAAUAUAGUACUAGAUAUUGUAGGUUCUGGUGCAAUAGCAAUGUUUACUGUCUUACUAGGUUUAAGAAUUGGGAAUAAACUAUCUCUCUCAUCCCUAUUUAUUAUUUGCUUGUAUUUCUUGGGUGGAGAAGGGAGGGGUACAUGAGUGAUGUUUUACUUGCUGUUGCCUUCAAGGUUUGGCUGAAUGAUAGUUGGAAGGAUGGGAGACUAACGUCAUUCCUUGGUCCAUGCAGUGCCAUUAUUUACCAUGGGAUGGUUAUGUAGUGAAAGAUUAUUCGUGCACAGCCUUUCAGGGAAGUGGAACAAAAUACCCUUUGAGAUUGUGCUAUUUUAAGACACUGGUGGCAUCCAUUUCUUUCCUAUUCCUUUGCUUAGACAACAGUAUGUUGUUUAGUAUAGUUUGACAUUUCUAGAUUGCAAGUAUCGGUCCUCACUGUGUUUUUAAGGCUCAGGAAACGGGAAUGUCUAGAAAUGUCUCGCCUUUGUAUCUUAUGUUCCAGGAUUAAAUCUGUGAAAUUGAAAUUCUAAUGCACAAGACCUGCCUUAAAUUACUGGUAAUAUGUGGGAUAAAACUGUUUUGGCCUCAUAAAAUAACCUCUCAUUCUACUCGCUACUGCCUCCUCAGUUGGAUCUUUGGCUCCCUGAGAAUAUAAUUUAAUUCAAGCUGGUCAUGUACGAGCCAACUUCAUUUGCAAGAAAAGUCAGAGGAAAACGUUCUUCACUAUAGGGGUUCGCUUGUGAUAUUUCUCAAUUACAUUUUAAUCAUUUAGCAGACGCUCUUAUCCAGAUAUGUCUGGAUAUUGAAUGGUGUAGAUAGACCUACUACCUUUUGCGCUCUCUACAACACUAACCGCAGCAUAGGGCUGCCAAUACAAAUGAACACUGCUUGGUCCUGUUUAACUUGCCUUAAUAUUUGUUAGCUAGUACUUCAUGCCUUAGAGUAGUAAGUUUGCCUGAAGCAGGUGUUUCUGUGGUGGUCUGUCUGCUUUCCUCUGUGGAUAACUGUUGUGAAUCACUGGUGGUGAUUGGAGAUCUGCUCCUUCUGGGAUUUGUUUCUUUCCCUUGACUAACAGACAUGAGGAAAAACGAACUCUGAAACAGUCCAACCAGAUGAGAUUCUGUACAGCAUGCCCCGUCUGAUUAGCUAAUGGUUUUGUGUGUGUUAGUCCAAACUAAGUUUGCCAUAAUUAAACAAUCUUAAUUCAA